AUGCACCGGCGCCUGCUUGUGCGGGCGGGCACGAGCGUCCUGUGUGCAUUGGGCGUGCGUGUGACAACGGAGCGCAGGGGGCCUGCGCGCUUUGCCGAGCCCAGCAAGGCCCCCGCCCCCGCGCUGCCCCUUCCAGGCCCAGCCGCAACGCCCACCCAGGUGCGCUCCCACCAGUUGCCCUGCAGGCCGACGGUAGAGCUGAACCAGUCCUGGAACUGGCACCCCUUCCCCACCUCGGGACGCCCAUCUCCCACUGGCUCUCUCAGACCUGCAGAGGUGGAGCUGGCUCGCGGGGAAGGGGCUGCAGUCUCCAUGGGACGGGGGGAGCUGAUGUCCAGCAGUCCUACCCCCACCCGAGCUGCCCCGCUCUACCGCGGACGAGAAUCUGGGCGGCACGUCGGGUCUGCGCAAGGCUGGACACCCACGGCCCUUCUGGAACAUCCAGGCAGGGACUCUUCCCGCGGAGGCCCCGGAUCCUCGUGGGGGCCUGAGGACAACCUCCUGCGCUCGGGCCGACCCCUGCCCGGCCGGCUGCCAACGGCGUCCAAAGCCCCGACUGUCCGCGUUCGGAGGGCAAGCCUGUGGCUCCUGGUAGCCGCUGUGGCCCAGAGCCUGCACAGCGCCGGGCAUAGAGCAGCCGCCGCGCCGGCGCGUUGUCCGAGUGAGCAGAGCCCCUGCUUGGGCUGGGUCCUCGAGCUCCUUGAGGUCACGCUAGACAUGUCCCGGCGGAGCACCCCAUCUUCCCUGCCCCUCCUGGGCUUCCCGCCCAGGCUCCUCCUGAUCACCAGCCUGGGGGCGGCGUUUCUGCUGCAGGCGAGCUCGGCAUGGACCCCCCAGGUCCUCGUCCAGACCAAAGGCAAAGCUGGGGCUGAGCAGGGCACAGAGGAGGCCUGGGGCGCCCGAGCGGUGGAGCCUCUGGAGGAGGACAGCCAGCUCACGUGGCUCUUCAUGGCACCAAAGCUCUUGGCCGCCACCGGGGAGAAGCGGCAAGGUGCCGAGGCCCUGGCAGAGACCGAGGACACCCUGGGCCGUGUCCCAAGCCCCAGGUGGGGCCCUGAGCCUGACUAUGACAGCCUGCACCACAGCUGGCCCGAGGAGGCCCAGGGGGAGGCAAGGCCCUGGGCUCGGGUGCUGCCGCCUCAGCAGGUGCUUCAAGGGCCAGAGGAGGACCGAGACCACAUCUACCACCCCAAGGAGGACCCCUGGGAUUCUUGA